GUGAAUACGUUUCGAGUUGAGAGCGUCUCGGCGCUUGCCGCGACUAGGUUCACUCGUGGUGCGCUCGGGCCAGUAGCGCGAACAGCCCCGUAUCGCACACACGAUGGUUGCGUAUACGCACGCGCUCGCCGCCGCGCUGCUGUGUGCGUUGGCUGGUCAGCUCGGAGCUGGUGCCAGUCUUCAUUGUGCUAUGAGAAGGGAAAUCUCACCAUGUACGUGUCGUCAGGGUGACAACGGUGCCAUUGUGGUCAUCUGUCAACGGAUAAAUGCUUACGAAGACAUAGCACGAGCUCUCACCAGCAAAUUCAGUCCUGAAACGAAAAUUAGUCUCGACAUCUCUUACUCGCAACUGCCGGAUUUUGAUGAUCAUAGCUUUCGUGAACUUGGACUUUCUAUUACAAAACUCAAACUAAAUUUCGACAAUUUAAGCGAAUUAAAAGAAAGCGUUUUCUCAAAACUGGACUUAGUGGAUUAUUUUAGUUUAGCAGAUAACUCGCUCACAGAGAUGCCGCGGCAUAUACUUCGUCAUCUACCUCAUGUAAAAACUCUCGAUCUCUGUAGGAAUAAAAUAACGAAACUAACUGUUGAAGAUUUUAGGGAUAUAAAAGAAGAAGUAAAGACUUUGCUAGUGGCUGAUAAUGGAAUAUCUAAAAUUGAGCGAGAAGCUGUCCCCAAGGCAGUGAAACAUGUGCAUUUCGGUAUUAAUAAGCUGAGUACUUUGAAUGGCACACUGAGGGACUUAGACGACUUGGUGUGGAUAUUCAUUAAUUUGAAUAAUCUCAAGUCUAUAGACAAUGAACUGCCAAUAAAAGCCAAAAAGAUUGUGCUCAUUCAUGCUGCUCACAAUGAAUUGCAAAACUUGCCGAAAGACUUAAAACAAAUGCCUUCCUUGGAAACACUUUAUUUUUAUGAUAAUAAUAUCAAAUCGUUGGAUGGAGCUUUACAAAAGUCCAGAAGACUUUUAACUCUUGGUUUAUCAUUUAACAAGAUAGAAAGUUUAUCUGAGGAUGAAUUUACAGAAGCAGAAAAAUUGGCAUAUCUAGAUAUAGCUUAUAAUCAUUUAAAGAUUUUAAAUGGGUCACUUAGAAGCUUAAAAUCUUUAAGAUAUUUAAAUUUAACGCAUAAUUAUUUAACUGAAUUUUCAUUGCAAGAAAUCAAAGGUUUAAAACGACUUUCAGUAAUCGAUUUGUCUCAUAAUAAAAUUAGCCACAUUACUGGAAAUAUGGAGAACCUUGUGGAUGUUGAAACCCGCGUUUUGGAAUUGCGCCUCGAUCACAAUCAUUUGACGAAUUUAGGAGGAGCUUUGAUGGGCCUUCAUGGACUUCUCAGAUUAAACCUGAGUAAUAAUCAAAUCCAACAAGUAUGUCCUGAUGAUCUGAUUGGUCUGGAAGACUUAAAACUACUUGACGUAUCUCAUAACCAAAUUACAUCUUUAGAAGAAACUUCCAAGACAUUUUUACCAUCUCUUGAGGAACUAAUAGCACAUCACAAUAAUAUUACUACAUUACAUAAAGAUUUCCACGGGCUGCCAUCAUUAUGUCUAGCUGAUUUGUCUUACAAUCAAAUACAGUCUGUUAAUUACGAUCUCGUUUCAAAAUCUCGCUGUGUUAUAAAUGGAGUACCCAGUAUAUUGAAAAUAUAUCUCCAAGAUAAUCCUGUUCUAUGCAGUGAGCGUUUAUAUGAGCUCAUUAAAGUUUUGGAUAACUUAAAUGCACGUAUCAGUGGAGUAUCAACAUGCGUAGCACCACAGACGGUAGCUCCUGUGUUGAACAUGCGGGCACUGAACGACAUCGUACCACAGAAAGAUAAUCCGCCUUUAAUAGUGGUGGCGCACGUUGGCACCAGUUUACGAGUGUUACCUCAUGAAGCAGUGGAUCGUGAAUUGAUUCCGCCAGUUCCACAACUCCAGUAUCGACGUGUCGGUGCUCUGGUCGGUCAUAUAUUGCCAGAGCGUGAAGGCGGAUUACCUGUGCUUGUUGAGCCACCUGUAACGCUGCCAUCAGCGGGUUCCAACGUAGUCGUAAAAUGGCCAGACGACCGAACAAGCGAUGAACCAGUCCAUCCGCUUAGCGACCACUUACGUCUGCGAGAUUUAAAUGCGUCACCGCAGUGAAAUUUUAAGUAUCUGGUGUCACAAAAUGUUGACGCCAUCGAACUGAGUGCUUCAUCUUAGGAAAUAUAACUGCCUCUAAUCUAGACUAAGGCAGAGUGUCUUCUGAUUCGGUCGGGUGCAUAGUUAUCUUUCAUAAUCUUUUCCUAUUGAUUUUAGGUUCUUGAUGUAAAUAGGAGUUCUAGUUAGCACAUUCAGUAUGCAUCCAAAAGAUUGAUAAUCCUACUCGUGGUUCGUCGAGACUUGUGUUUCCAUGUCCAUAAGGCACAAAAUGUUGUAGCAAUUAUAUAAUAUUAAGAAGCGGUGUGUCUAGGAGUUUUGUAAGUGUUAUCAUAUGAAUGAAUGUGUGACCAGCGAUAUAAUCAACCGUCUAACGUUAGAAAUCAAAAUUAUUAUAGAAUAUUUUAUAUCACAGGCUGUUAAUGAUUGAAUACACAUACCAAAUAUUAUUUAGUAGUUAAUGUUUUAUUAGAAUAAUUUAUAUUGACGAAUAACAUUACUAAUAUAAUAUAAAUCGAUGUAUAUAAAUAGAUUUAUUACAUUACAUAAAAUAAACGACUAUAUCAUAAGAUUAAUAAA